AUGGCUUCUGCUAGCCUUGGAAAUGGUGCUGGUGUCGGCAGUAGUUCCAGGUCUGCUGCUGCCUUAAGAGGUUCAUCUAGUUCUGUUGAUUGGCUUGGUAGAGAGAUGCUUCAGAUGAGGCUCAGAGACAAACUCAACCGUGUUGAAGACGAUGACAAUGACAAUGACAAUGAUGAUGGCAGAGAGAGUGAGCCUGAUAUCAUUGAUGGUGUGGGUGCUGAAACAGGACAUGUAAUAAGAACCAGUAUCGGUGGUGGAAGAAACGGUCAAUCUAAACAGAAUGUUAGUUAUAUCGCCGAACAUGUAGUUGGGACGGGCUCUUUUGGCACUGUUUUUCAAGCAAAAUGUAGAGAAACAGGAGAGAUUGUUGCCAUCAAGAAGGUUCUCCAGGACAAGCGUUACAAGAAUAGAGAGUUACAAAUUAUGCAAAUGCUGGACCAUCCAAAUAUUGUUGCCCUGAGGCAUUGUUUCUUUUCGACCACCGACAAAGAAGAGCUUUACUUGAAUCUUGUACUUGAAUAUGUUCCUGAAACGGUGAAUCGUGUUGCCAGGAACUAUAGCAGGAUUAAUCAGCGAAUGCCUUUAAUAUACGUGAAACUUUAUACGUACCAGAUAUGCAGGGCACUUGCUUAUAUACAUAAUUGCAUUGGCAUCUGUCACCGUGACAUCAAACCUCAGAACCUACUUGUGAACCCACACACCCAUCAGCUGAAACUAUGUGAUUUUGGUAGUGCGAAAGUGUUGGUGAAAGGAGAACCUAAUGUUUCGUAUAUCUGUUCAAGAUACUAUCGUGCCCCAGAACUUAUAUUUGGUGCGACUGAAUAUACAACUGCCAUAGAUAUAUGGUCAACUGGUUGUGUAAUGGCUGAAUUACUUCUUGGACAGCCUUUGUUUCCUGGGGAGAGUGGAGUUGAUCAGCUAGUUGAAAUCAUCAAGGUUUUGGGAACUCCUACCAGGGAGGAGAUAAAGUGCAUGAACCCAAAUUAUACUGAAUUUAAGUUUCCCCAGAUAAAACCUCAUCCAUGGCACAAGGUCUUUCAGAAACGUUUACCUCCGGAAGCAGUUGAUCUUGUCUGUAGGUUCUUUCAGUACUCUCCUAAUUUGAGAUGCACUGCUUUGGAAGCAUGCAUUCACCCCUUCUUUGAUGAAUUGAGGGACCCAAGCACCCGCCUUCCCAAUGGUCGCCCACUGCCUCCGCUGUUUAACUUUAAACCUCAGGAACUUUCUGGUAUUCCACCCGAUGUCAUCAACCGGCUUAUUCCAGAACAUGCUCGUAAACAGAACUUAUUUAUGGCUUUGCACACCUAGCAGUUUUAUUUUUGUCCUCCCCUGCUGCCUACCUAGCAGGCUGUAAAUUAUCGGGUGUAUCUGAGAAAGAGUGCUACAGAAAGAGUUCCUAGGAUUAUAUUUAUAAUAUUAUGAUUCCCAUUUUUUUUUCCUUUUUGUCAAAGGAGCUGUUUUCUAUUCUUGCUCAGGAGUGAAUGCUUUCAUGUAUAUUUUAUCUUAUAGACCCAUUUGGACAUCUUUUCUUAUAUAGAACGAAACUUGAUAGUGUUCAUGA